UUUAAUAACUAAAAUGUAAUAAGAUUCUAAGCUUAUAAUAAUGUGGUUUGGUCAAGGUCUGAAUUCAUCCCUCAAAAGCUUCAAGAAUCUUGGCUCAAACAACGCGUUUUCAGAAACAUGGUUUCUUCCAACACCGUGGAGCUCCUGAGAGAGGAGAUCCCCAUCAACCAGAAACCUCUCACGUUGUCGCCGAACAUCAAAACCGGCCUCGUAAUCGUCGACGUUGUCAAUGGUUUCUGCACCGUUGGCGCUGGCAAUUUGGCGCCGAAACAACCAGAUCAGCGAAUUUCUCAUAUGGUGGAGGAAUGUGUGAGGCUGUCCAAAGCGUUCUCUGAGAGAAAGUGGCCGAUUUUUGCUUUCCUUGAUUGUCAUCACCCCGACAAACCCGAACCCCCUUAUCCACCACACUGUAUUAUAGGAUCAAACGAAGAAAAACUCGUUCCUGAUCUCCAGUGGUUGGAAAAUGACCCCAAUGCAACCCUCAGGGAUAAAGAUUGCAUUGAUGGAUUCCUUGGGUCAACCGAGAAAGAUGGUUCUAAUGUCUUCAUUGAUUGGGUGAAAACUAAUGAGAUAAAACAAAUUUUGGUUGCUGGGAUAUGCACUGAUAUAUGCGUGCUGGAUUUUGUUUCUUCUGUCUUGUCUGCAAGAAACCGUGGUUUCCUUUCUCCUCUGGAAAAUGUGAUAGUGUCUUCCCAAGCUUGUGCUACUUAUGAUUUGCCAUUACAUGUUGCCAAAACUAACAAGGCUUUUGUAUCUCAUCCACAGGAGUUGAUGCAUCACAUUGGCCUGUACAUAGCCCAUGGAAGAGGAGCCGAUAUAGCUUCAGAGGUGUUAUUUGAAUAAUUGAAGGAUGUUAUUGAAUGAUUGAGGAAUGUUAUUGAAUAAUUGAAACAGCCUCAAGUGUUGGUUCGAGGGUUGAAAAAAUUGAGAGCAUUAACUGUUCGUAUAUAUUGUAAUUUCUGAGAGCAUAAAGUGUUAUAUAAAGAAUUGAUAGCUACAAGAGAAUUGAGUACUUGAAAAGUGUCCCUAAAUAAGAAAAAGAACGUAUACUUGACAGCAUAGUGCUCUUAUUAUUCGAGUUUCUGUUUAGAUUUCAUUAGAAUUGGUUUUGAAUAACAAGUCAUGAUUGGGAUAA